AUAUUUCGAUCGUUAGGGUCGACCAGCUUGUCUGGAGACGGUAGCUGCUGAGAACGCUCGAAUCCUCGACGCCAUACACGAACUGCAAUCGGAUCGGAAAAACAUGCUUUUACUUCACACAUACAUAACUUAAAUUUGCUCGACAAUCCCAUCUUCUAUUUAGGACGUGGAGGAAUCGCCCCAUUUGCGGGUUUUGUCCCGUAGCUGCUGCUAGCGUCGAGCUAGUUAGCUUCUUUGCUAAAAAAAAUCCCUUUCGGAAAAAUACAGGAAGCAGUGCUCGGACGAAGCGCGGCCUAAAAAGGUUUCGCUCUACGAACAGACUACGUUGAUUAUUCUCAAAAACCUACGCAGGGCAAUUUAAUCUGAAAUAAGGGCUACUAUGGCUCCGUACUCUCCCUCGCGCUCCAACUCCAGGUCAAAGUCCAGGUCUCGAUCUUUAUCGAGAUCCCAGUCGAGAAGCCGCUCGCGCUCAAGAUCCAGAAAACGUCGCUACAGCUCUAGGUCCCGAUCCCGCUCUCGCUCCCGCACUCCCAUGUCCUACCGAAACUAUCCCUCCCGAGACUAUCAGAACAACCGGGGCUACAACCGCGGCUACAACCGCGGCUAUCGGAGGCCCUUCCACUUCCGUGGAAGAAAUCGAGGCUACUACCCUCGCGGUCACUAUCAGAACAGGGGAGGCGGCUAUGGCUACAAGUCUAACUGGCAAGGUGGCGGCGGCGGCGGCGGCUGGCACGACCGCAAGCGUGACCAGGACAACCGCUCGCACAGCCCCCGCAGGGGGCGUUCCCGCUCCCACACGCCAAACAAGCGAUCGGCCAGCCGCUCGCACUCCCGUCACUCGGACCGCUCGUCGUCCGAGCAGUCUCACCGUUCCAGGGCCUCCAGCUCCUCCCGGUCGCGCUCCUCCACGCCGUGCCCCCGCAACAAGGGCAAACCCAGCUCCAAGAUCACGAAGGAGAAGCAAGGGGACGGCCAAGCGGAGAAGCCGGCGGGGGAAGGCAGCGUGAUCGAGAAGGCCUCCGGAGGCAAAUGGAUCGACUACGACACGGGCCGAGUGGGCUCGGAGACGGCUCAGAAGGACGAAGCCGCGGUCGGCGACGCCACGCCCAAGUCGGGACAAACGGCCUCCUUCGGCGGCUUCGGCUUCUUCUCCAAGGAGGAUGCCAAAUCUGGAGAAAAGACGGUGAUCUCGGCUGCCUUCAAAAAGUUCCUGGCGGAAAACAAAAGCAAAAAGCAGGCCGCCGAAAAGGAGGAUGGUAACGAUAGCGAGAAGAGCAGCGCUGAGAGAGAGCAAGAGAAGGGCAUCAAGUCGGGCGACAUCUUCAGCCUCUCCGUUCCUUUUAGCGACUCCAAGGAUGACAAGACCAUGCCGUUCUUCGACGAGGAGGAGGAGGAGUUCCUCAAGUCGCACGGCUUGAAAGACAGGGACGCCGACGAGGACGGUGCGGGCAAAUCCAACCCGACCUCUCGCGAUAUAUUCGGCAAGUGGGGCGACGAGCCCACCUAUUCCACCUCCUACCCGUUGCCCAAGGAGAAAAGCCGCCGAGACGAGGACGCGGAGGCCCUGGAUAAAAUGGUGGAGGAGAUGUACCAGAGCCGCAAGCACAGCAAGAAGGAGGAGAAGGCCAAGAAGAAGGAGAAGAAAGAGAAGGAGAAGGAGAAAGAGAAGAGCAAACGCAGCCCCUCCCCGGCCGUCACCUCCAAAGGCAAGGACAGGCCGCUCUUCCCCGGGGCCUUCCCUUGCGAGGAUUCUCCCGUCCGUCUGGCGUCAUCCAGAGAGGACUUUGAACUGAGAGUUUCGUCUUUGGAUGACAUGCCCAGCUCCUCCAUGUCUAAGAAUCGAUUCACGGCCAGAGAUCUGGUGAAUCCCUCGAAGAAAGACUCGGAUUUCCGUUCAAUCUUCCAGAAUAUUCAGUCCGCCCAGCUUCGCAGCAGCCCCACUGAGCUGUUUGCGCAACACGGCGUGUCCAUUGUGCAUUACAUCAAAGCUCAGCACUUCACUUCCUCAGACAUGUCUUUAAGUGAGCGCUUCGCCAUGUACCAAAGAAAAGCUGCCGAGGUAGAAAUGAAGCCAAGGAAGAGCCCCGAAAUCCACAGGAGAAUCGAUGUUUCCCCCAGUGCCUUUAAGAGGCACUCUCAUCUGUUUGAGGAUGUGGACGAGGCGAGUUUCAAGGAUUCAAGCAAAAAGUUCAAAGGGGACACGAUGGACCUUCGCCUGGACAUUGAAAGGCGUAAGAGGUUUGCCGGGAAGGACUACAGGCGCGAGGCAGGCCGGAGCCCCGGAGGCUCCCAAGAGAGGUCCUCUGAGAAAUCUGGCAAGCACCACAAGAAGUCCAAAAAAGGAAAGAAGAAGCGGGAUCGCUCGCCGUCCUCGUCUUCGUCCUCGUCCUCGCCCUCGCCAUCGCCUUUCCCCUCGGCCCCGCCGCCUUUCCGGGGCAAGGAGUACAUGGGAGACGGGCCGGAUCAUUUUGAGGAGGGCUUCUCUCACACGCGCUACCCACCGCGCGACUACGGCGGUCACGGGGACCGCGGGCACCCCCGGGAUUUUGAGGGCCAGCACAUGGAGGGCCAGAGAGGCAGAGGCCGCGGAUUCUUCCCCAGAAUGAGAGGGCGAGGAUGGAACAGGGGCAAUUACCCCGGCAACAACAGCAGCAAUGGCAACCCCGCCAACAUGAAUCCUCAAGGGCGCCCCCCAGAGGAAGAGUGGGAUCCCGAGUACACGCCCAAGAGCAGGAAGUAUUACUUGAGGCCAACGCGCGCACAGCAGGAACAGCCGCAUGACGACCGCGACGGCGAGAAAACCUGGGUGGAUAACCGCGGGCGGGGCCGGGGGUCCUUCAUGCCCCGCCGGGGACGCUUCGUGUACCGCAAGGGAGGCAGCAGCCCCAAAUGGGCCCACGACAUGUUCCAGAAUGCCGAGCAGCCCGAGAUGGGAGACGAGAACAUCGAGGCGGAGCAUAAAGACGGGAAGAAUGCCGACGAAGGCCUGAAACCGUAAACGGCCCCUUGGUGCGUCCACGAGUUGGCUCGCUUGUAGAAUUCUUUUUUUUCUUCUUUUUUUUUUUUCUUCCCCUCCUCCUGUAUCGAUCCUCGCACCUCAUUUAAAGCUCACGAUAGCUCGAGUGAGGAAGUUGGUUUAAAGGUUUUUAUGUCAUCUGUCCGAUGAAUACAUGGUUGACUGUUAAAUCAUACUGAGGCAUCAUCCAUUGUUCAAUAAACAUGAGAAAAAAAAUAUAUAAAAAUAUUUGUGCCUUAGAUGAUUUAAAAGAAAAUACAGUUCCAUGUAGAAGUGUUUUUGCGGUUUGAAGCGGAGGAAGACUUGCCCAUUUUCUCGUACAUUUUUUUUUUUUUAAUUUUAAAUUUUUUUUUUUUUUUUUUUUUUUUGGCCCGAUGACAUAUUGAUGUUAAAAUUGCAUGAACAGGUUAAUGCUUCUCCCCACGGGACCAAUCGAUAAUUAAUCCUUGCCACCAUUUGGAUUUUUUUUCGCCCCUACCCCCCCAAAAAAAUAGCACCAGUUCAUCUGUGAUUAUCAGCAACAUACGUGUUUUCAUGUAAAAGGUCCACCGGGAAAUAACUUGCUUUUGCUUUCG